AUGAGGUGGUUCUACUCCCCACUUCGGGAUUGCGCGUCCCCCCGCGAUGCUGUCUCACCACGGUCGCGGGUCUUCGUCUACCUCGGUCUAGCAGUCACAUUACUACUUCUAUCAUAUCAGCUGAUUCUCGAUCGAGCCCCGAGUUUAGGUACAAGCUGGACAGCAAUUCAGGGUAUCGUUGUGGGCGAUGAUCGCUUCGUUCCGGAUCUUGUCCCCGCCGACAAGGAACUGGUUCUGGCAGCUAUGAUGGCUAGCAAUAUGUCCUGGGUCGAAGAACAUUUGCCAGAAUGGCGGGCGAAUAUCUAUCGUGCUGAUGCGAAACACGGAGACAUUGGUUUGACGGUACCCGUAAAUAAGGGCAAUGAGGCUAUGGUAUAUCUGACCUACAUUAUUGAUCGCUACUGGUCCCUUCCGGAAGUAUCCGUCUUCCUCCACAGUGGUCGCUACCAAUGGCAUGUCGAUAACCCGCUUUAUGACUCCGUCAUCUCUGUCUCCCAUCUCAAUCUCGACUUUGUCCAAGAGGCCGGUUACGUGAAUAUGCGUUGCGCCUGGAGCGUCGGAUGUCCCACCGAACUCGAGCCCGCUCGGUAUCUCCGUGAGAGACCCGAAGAUCUUGGACAUCCUACCGCGGUCGAGUAUCCCGAUCGGUUCAUGGAGAUCUUCCCGCGCACGGAGGUUCCGGAGGUUGUCGGUACACCGUGUUGUAGCCAGUUUGCAUUAUCCAAGACAAAAAUUCAUGAGCAGAGUCUUGAACAUUAUGUUCGUUUGCAGCGGUGGUUGAUGGAUACUGAUUUGGAGGCCGGCAUCAGUGGCCGGAUUCUGGAGUAUUCAUGGCAUAGUGGGUCUCUCGUCACUGAUCUCUAG